CAUAAGGGAGCGACACUUGACUAGCAGACCGUGCUAGCCGAAUGGGUAACGUGUCCACUGCAGUCAAGCACUGCCUGAGCUAUGAGAGUCUCUUGCGUGAUUAUCCAUGGGUGCCUCGUCUCCUGUGGGAAGAGAAGUGUUCUGAACUGCCCAGGUUUCCACAUUUUGUCAAAAUUGUCGAGGUCGGGCCAAGAGAUGGACUUCAAAAUGAGAAGGAAAUUGUGCAGACGGAGGUCAAAAUCCAGCUGAUAGACAUGCUCUCUCAGACUGGCUUGGCUGUGAUCGAAACUACUAGCUUUGUGUCUUCAAAGUGGGUUGCACAGAUGGCAGACCACACUGCAGUGCUGCAGGGCAUUAAAAGGUCUCUUGACGUUAGAUACCCUGUUCUGACGCCCAAUAUUCAGGGCUUCCAGGCAGCUGUUGCAGCGGGAGCGACUGAAGUGGCAGUGUUUGGUUCUGCUUCUGAGACGUUCUGCAGGAAAAACAUCAACUGCUCCAUAGAGGAGAGUUUGCAGAGGUUCGAGCAGGUCAUCUCUGCAGCCAAACAGCAGGGGAUACCAGUGCGGGGGUACGUUUCCUGUGCUCUUGGCUGCCCAUAUGAGGGACAAGUAAAACCAUCACAAGUCACAAAGGUGGCAAAGCACUUGUUUGAGCUGGGCUGUUAUGAGGUGUCCCUGGGGGACACCAUUGGCGUUGGCACUGCGGGCUGCAUGGCCAAGAUGCUGAGUGAUGUGAUGACUGCGGUGCCCGUAAGCGCACUGGCAGUGCACUGCCACGACACCUAUGGUCAAGCGCUGCCCAAUAUUCUUAUUGCAUUGCAGAUGGGGGUUUCUGUGGUUGACUCUUCAGUUGCAGGCCUGGGAGGCUGCCCGUAUGCCAAGGGAGCGUCUGGCAACGUUUCUACAGAGGAUGUUCUAUAUAUGCUACAUGGCCUUGGAAUUGAAACCGGGGUGGAUCUGCUGAAAGUGAUGGAAGCAGGGGAGUUCAUCUGCCGAGCCUUAAACCGAACAACUAACUCCAAGGUCACCCAAGCCACUAGGAAAACUUAGGCUUUUCAUUCUUUGAAGAUACAGUGCGGACCAAAAAUCAGAGACUACACAGAAAAUCAGUUUUCAUUUUUUAUUUAUUUAUUUAUUUAUUUUAAUAAGACUUUAAUUUAAUGUUCCCUUUGUAAAGGGUUUAUAAAUGUGUUCCUGUUGAUGUGCAUACCCCCCUGUACCAAUGUACCAUAAUGUAAAUUUGACCUAUAUGAAGCAUUUAUUAAGAAGUUGCCAACAUUAGAAACUUGUACAUAAAGUUCAGUUUGUUUUAAUGGUCGUCAGGCUUUAUUAUAUGAUAUAUGCUGUGAAUGAGCAUGAAGACCUGUAAAAUGUUUUUGCAGAAGAUUUUAGGUAACUAGGGGUGUUUUCCAAACGGCGUUUCAUGAUUUUUGUGCACAUUUUUGCACAUUUAUCAAAAUGACAUACAGUAAUCUGUCCUUUUUAGGGGUCAAGCCCUGAAAGGGUGAAGACCCCCUAUUGUAAUCAUUAGUGUUCUUAUUAUUCUUCUUCAGCAUGGGAGUCUAUGGCAGCCCAUAGAACCGUUCGCAGGAAAGUUAUGAAAUUUUACUCAGAGUAACUCAAACCCUUUAGCGCCACCAACAGGUCAUAUUUUCACUCAUGUUUAUGUUAAUAACUUUGAACUGUAAGUCCUAGAGACAAAAUUAUUUUUUCCCCUGAUUCCUGAGCUCACACCGAGUUGAAAGCAUACCUUGGUUUUGAUUUCCGUUCAACUAGAUUUUCCGCCAUUUUGAAUUUUAAGGAAACGUGUUUUUUCGCUACUCCUCCUACAGUUUUUGUCUGAAUUCCACCAAAAUAGUUUUGAAGCGAUCAUUAGAUAGAGCUACAUAAAAGUUAUCACUUUUUUUUUCGAUGUUUGAAAUUGUUCCUGAGAAAUGGCUUCAUGAAGUUGACGGCGAGCAUGCUAAAAUGGACUUCAUACUGUAUCUCCGCAACACUGGUCUGUCCAGAUGUUGCAGGAUAUGAUGCAAUCCCAUGUUGACUGCAUCAUCCACAGACCUGUUUAAUUGCUCGAUAAGCAAAUUGAAGGGGAUCUAGAAAGGGUCCAGUGAUGUUCUUCAGGUGGGCCAACACCAGUCUCUCAAAUGAUUUCAUGACCACAGACAUCAGGGCGACAGGUCUGUAGUCAUUAAGUCCUGUGAUUUUUGGUUUCUUUGGGAUGGGGAUGAUAGUGGAACAUUUGAAGCAGCAUGGGACUUCACACUGCUCCAAUGAUCUAUUGAAGAUCUGUGUGAAGAUGGGGGCCAGCUGGUUAGCACAGGAUCUAAGACAUGCAGGUGAAACGCCAUCUGGGCCCUGUGAUUUCCUUAUCCUUUGUUGUCGAAAGACGCGGCUCACAUCAUCUUUGCAGAUCUAAGUACAGGUUGAGUAGCAGGAAGGGGGAGGAGGGGGGUUGCAGGAGGUGUUGGUGUUUGUGUGAAGUGAAGGUCAGAUUGGGUGUGGGGUGUGAGAUUGGGGCUUUCAAAUCUACAGUAGAACACAUUCAGGUUGUCAGCCAGUUGUUGGUCCACCACAGGGUUGGGGGCAGGAGUCCUGUAAUUCAAAAGUUGUUUCAUGCCACUCCACACUGAUGCAGGGUCGUUAGCGGAAAACUUGUUUUUCAGCUUCUCAGAGUAUCUUCUUUUAGCCACUCUGAUUCCCUUAUUCAGUGUGUUCCUGGCCUGAUUGUACAAGACUUUAUCCCCAACUCUGUAAGCAUCCUCUUAGGCCUGAUGAAGCUGCCUGAGUUCCUCUGUAAACCAUGGUUUGUCGUUUUUAAAUGUUAAAUAAGUCCUAGUAGGAAUGCACAUAUCCUCACAAAAACUGAUAUAUGAUGUAACAGUAGCCUCAAAAACACUCCAGUCAGUGCAGUCAAAGCAGGCUUGUAGUUCCAGCUCUGCUUCGUUGGUCCAUCUCUUUAAAGUCCUUAAUACAGGCUUAGCAGAUUUUAAUUUCUGUCUGUUGGUUGGAAGAAGAUGAACCAGACAGUGAUCAGAUAGUCCCAAAGCUGCUCUAGGAACAGAGCUAUAUGCAUCCUUUAUUGUUGUGUAGCAGUGAUCCAGUAUAUUUCUGUCUCUGGUUGGGCAUGUAAUGUGCUGUUUGUAUUUGGGCAGUUCACGUGUGAGGUUUGCUUUGUUAAAAUCCCCAAGAAUAAUAAUAACUGAGUCCGGGUAUUGUUGUUCUGUGUCUGUGAUUUGAUCAGUCAACUGUUGCAGCGCUGUGUUCAAACACGCGUUUGGCGCGAUAUACACACUCACCAGAAUAAACGAGGAAAGCUCCCGCGGUGAGUAGAAAGGCUUACAGUUAUUACAUCUGUACACCAGCUUUCAGUGAUGUAAAAGCAUGUUCCACUGCCUCUCGUUUUCCCCGUUAACUCCGCGAUGUGAUCCGCUCUGAACAGCUGAAAGCCCGGCAGAUGUAAUGCGCUGUCCGGAAUGGCUUCACUCAGCCAGGUUUCUGUGAAGAACAAGGCAGCAGAGUUUGAAAAGUCCUUGUUUGUGUGGGUGAGGAGAUGUAGUUCAUCCAUUUUGUUAGGGAGAUAGCGGAGAUUUGCUAGAUGAAUGCUCGGCAGCGUUGUAAGAAAGCCACGCCGACGGAGCCUGACCAGCGCACCUGCUCGUCUCCCUCGCCUGCGUCUCAUAGCGCGUUUAAACAACACAGCUGCGCCUCCGACUAGAAUGUCAAACAAAAUGUCCGAAUAUUCAAAAUCCGGGAAAAUAUUGACUGGUUCAGCAGUUCGUCUCUGGUAAAACUAACUGAAAAAAGAUUACUAAACAUAGGACAAGCAAACAAAAAUAACAAAACAAUAGAAGCGCUCCACACCGAGGCGGCCAUCCGCGGCGCCAUCAUGAUGAUUAUGUGAUAACAGACCGGUCAUCCGGGAAUUGAGAGUCAUCUUUCUGCAUCUCAUAUUACUCUGUGGUCUCUUCAAGUAAGCCUAUACAAUUAUUUAA